CUUGGCUCCCUCUCUCUCUCUCCCAUUCUCCUGUCCUGAAUAGCGAAUUGCUCUGAUUGGGAUGAGUCUUUCCUGUGUGUAUGUUUGUGUUUCUUUGGCUGAGCCAGUUGCUGAAGCGGAGUGAAGUGCUUUCACCAAAAGAGAAACGAGGAGCCAACAACUUUGCUGCUUGGGAUAAAAGGAAGAAAUCUGUUUGAUAUGUUUUGUUUCGGAUGUGGCGCUGCACAGACAGGAGAGGGAUAGUCACAGACUGUGAACAGCUCCAGAGUCAGGACGUUUAAAUGUGCCUUCUGUUUGCAUGGAGUGGCACUUUGAUGCAAAUCCAUUGAUCAGUCAGUAAAGGAAGUCACAGAGGACAGACAGAGAGUAACAGGUUACCCUGCUGUGGGAUCCUAUCCCACACUCUGUGUUGUUGUCUUACAUACUCCUCCUGUGCACCUGGCUGGGGACCUCCUGUUGCAUGCUUGUUCUGAGGGUGAAUUCUGCCAGGGUUUUGAAGCUGUUUGUGCUGUGCCCUGCUUGAAUAUGUUGAUUCGGGCUGACUCAACUAGAGCCCUGUGUGGAUCAGUGAAGUGAGUGUCUGACUGUAGGACUGUUUGCCAUUUGGAUUGGAUUGGAGAGCCACCCUGGGAGGGUUUCAGAAGUGUAACUUCUUCCCAAGCAAAGCAUGAAUGUACAUCACUGAACGGUCAACCGAAGCGAUGAAGAAGGACUGUCUCCCAGGGACACAGAAGAAGAAGAAGAAACCGAACCACAGCUCCAUCCCUCGCACCUCGAGCUUUCUCCACUUGGCCUCAUUCACCAAGCAGAGUAAGCGGCUGUUCCGCAGCGAUGGUGAGCUAGCAUCUGUUUGCGCACAGCAAGACCCUGAUGAGGAGAACUGGACUUACUCACUGCAACGUGCCAACGCCGUCUCUAACCUGGAUGAAGAGAGCAGGUGGACGGUCCACUAUAAGGCAUCGUGGCAUCAGCAGGAGAAUGUGUUCCUCCCGUCGAGCCGGUCUCCCUGUGUGGAGGAUCUGCACCGGCAAGCCAAGGUUAACCUGAAGACCGUGCUGCGAGACUGCGAUAAACUAAGGAAGGAUGGUUUUCACAGUUCCCAGUACUACUCACAGGGUCCAACAUUCACCUUGCCAUCAUCAAAUCACUCUGCCAGUUGCUUGGAUGAGGAGGAGGAUCAGGAGCGAGUGCCUGCGGUCUCAUCUGCCAAGGAGGAAAAGUUGCACUAUUCCAGGAGAUCUAAAACCCCAGUACCCAGUGACCUCUCUGAGAUUGAUGUCCAGACCAACUGGACCAAGGCCCUGCCACUGCCCACGCCAGAGGAGAAGAUGCGCCAACAAGCCCAGGCAGUACAGAGCGAUGUCGUCCCAAUCAAUGUAACAGGCGAGAGCUUCGAUCGCCAGGCGGGCACCAGGCGCUCUCUUGUCCGCUCAGACGCUGCGCUGAGACGGGCUACGAGAAUCAAACGGAGAAAGACAAUCACCGGGCUACCUGACACCGUCCAGAAGGAACUAGGCUCUGGGCAGACACCAGCCAGAGGUCACUCUGUUAUCCUGGCUGGCCACUAUUCCACCAUGAGUCGCCUGGAAAGCAGCAAGGCCAACAGGGGCAGGUCAGCUACCAGAGACUCCUCCUGUCAAACUGAAGAGGUCAAGGUGAUCCCACCUUCCGUCCGAAGGAUCCGGGCCCAGAAGGGCCAGGGCAUCGCGGCCCAACUGUCCCAAUCGUCGGCCGACAUGUCUUGCGGCGGGGACAGAGACGGUGCGGUGCGUGCCAGAGCUGAGCAGCCACGUUUCCACAGCCUUCCGCGUCCCGGAGCCAGGGUCUCCCUGCACGAGCUGGCAGACGCACGCAGGGCGCUGGGCCGGUCCGAGGAGCGAUUCCCGGGCCCAGAGGGCGAGCUGGCAGCGGAUGCGACGGGCUCCCAGCUCCGGGCCCGUUCCCCGUCGAUCCGCCGUGACCCCGGGGACGAGCCAGGCACCAUGCGCCCCGCCCAGGUCUCCGCCCGGGCCGCACUCCCCUCCAAGGCCGAGGUGGUGGCCAUUCGCACGUCGCGGGGGCAGCCUGGGCGCUCUCCUCCUCCUCCCCCGCCCUCCCCGGGCGGCCCGCGGGACGACCCCGGCUCCUCCAGCGGGAACUGGAGUGCCGGGAGCAGUGGCUCCGGGCGCCUGUCCCCCACCUCGGACACCCCCCCGACCCCUUCCCGCUACGACUCAGCCGUCUCCCUGGCGCCGCCGGGCCCUGGGGCCGAGCCCCUCCACCAGGGGCAGCCGGGGGCCAGUGGCGACGGGAGACACCGGGGGACCGCGCCCCCACCCUCCCCGAGGUCUCCUGCCGCCGCGACCGCCGCUCUCUGGAACCGCCCGCCCUCGCCCUCGGAGGUCAGGGGUCAGCAGCGCCCAGGCGGACCCCCCGAGUACAGCGACCGCUCCCUGGGCCGCAGCAUCUCCCUGAGAAAGACCAAGAAGCCCCCUCUGCCCCCAGCGCGCACCGACUCCCUGCGCAGGAGGCCCAAGGGUGGGCAGCCCAUGCUGAGUGAGUCUCUGAUCGCCAGCCUGCAGCGCUCCCUGGAGGACAACCUCCGAGCUCAGGAGGGAGGCGUGGAGCCUCCCGGAGAAGGCCGAGAGCCCUGGGCCACGGCUCACCGCACCCAGAGCAGCUCCGGGGGCGAUGGCAGCACCAACAGCAGCGGCCGCUCCACGGCCACCAGUAACGCCUACACCACCAGCGCAGCCACCCCGUCGCAGAGCGAGACCAGCAGCCUGCGCUCCGAGUACAGCGACCCCUGGGCCUAUUACCCCGAGGGGCAGCAGCCCGGAGCCUGGGACUGUGCGCCACCCGGGCCCGGAGCCUCGGCGGAGCCCAAAGGCCCGGGCCACGGUAUCACCUCACCUUCGAGCGGCUACUCCAGCCAGUGCAACACACCCACCACACUGAACCCGGCCCCGGCCUUCCCCCACCGCACGUUGCCAGGGGCUGCCAAGCCAAAGUCAAAGCCAAAGGUCCCUGAGCGAAAAUCCUCGCUGCUCUCCUCCACGUCAGCCUCAUCAUCGUCAGCCUCCCUCUCCUCAAAUGCCUCAGAUUCCCGGUUUCACGGGACAGCAGGGUGCGCUGCUCCCUCAAACACUCCUGCGGUAUCACCCAUGGGCCCUGACCUUCACCCUCCCCCUCCUCCAGCACCCCUACUUUCCACUGUAUCCUCUCCCCCUCCUCCAGCACCUCCAUUAUCCACUUUAUUCCCUCAUUCUCCCCUUAUGACUCCUCCACCACCCCCUCUGACCACCCUGCCCCCUCCUCCCCCCCCUCUGACCAACCUGCCCCCUCCUCCACCUCCUCUGACUAAUAUGCCCCCUCCUCCACCACCUCUGACCAACCUACCCCCUCCUCCACCCCCUCUGACCAACCAGCUGCCUCCUGCACCCCACUUGCCCACCAUAAUCCCUCCCGCGCCCCCACCUCCCCUGUCCCUGGCUAUGGUGGCCUUUCCUACUGGCCCUCUGGAUCCGAAGGUGCCAGCCUGUGUGAAGGCCCCACCGUGUGGGAAAGAGCCCAAGGCCUCAGGGGACCAACCUGAGACGCACAAGCCAGCCCUGGGCCUUCCCCUCAUUACAGCCAGUGCUCUACAGAAGGUGCAGCUGAGGUCAGUGAGGAAGAGUGAGCAGGGAGACCUUCUGGGCCAGGUGGAGGGGCAGAGCCCCCGACUGAAACCACAGCCCGAACGGCCAGUGUCCCCUCCACCCUGGAAACCUGCCAUGCUGCAGCGUCCUUCCUCCCUUGGCCGAUUUUCCAAGGCCCACCCUGAGGCCCAUGUGGCCCCCAACAGCAGCCUAGCCCUCGGCCCUGAAAGCAAGGACAGCCCCGUGGAGCGACCUAAAAUGUCAGCUCCCUCCGACAGGCCUGAGGCCUGGCCUGGAAACCAUCUCAAGCCCAUGGCAGAGCUAGCCUGCUCUGCUCCCGCUGUCCAGGGCAAAGACUCCGGCACCAGGGUCAACGCAGGGCCUGAUCAAGAGAGUGCUGUGCCAACUGAAAGCCCUAAUGCCAAAUCGCCCAGCAAAACGCCCCCUCCUAUCGCCAGGAAGCCCAAGUUGACACUGGUCGUCCCACCGUCUCUGUGGAACAGCUCCCCUGAGGGGAAAUGGCCUCCGGCUACCCCAGAGCCAGCAGCAGAGGACGUGACCAACACAGCAGCACCGUCUGCUGUGGGCGAUGGAGAACGGGCGCCAGCACAGAGCGAGAUGUCUCUGGAAUCUGACCAGCCCCUUCAUCCGGCCGAUAGAGCCCAGGACACAGUGCAGAGUGAGGCCUGGGAAGCCGAAGUGCAGAAGGUACUGGAUGAAAGCCAGAACAGUCCCAGCAUAGGAGAUGAAACAGUAAUCGACAGCCCAAACAGUUGGGAUGGUGUGGAAAACAGCAGCAUAAUCAGCUGCCAGGAUAAGGACAUGGGUGAUGUGUUUGAGCCCAGCUCCCCAAACUUUACAAACAGUUACCAAUGGAGUAAUGAAGACCCAAGUAUUCCAAGCAGGCCCAGGACAACCGAGGACUUGUUUGCAGUGAUCCACAGGUCCAAGCGGAGAGUCCUGGGCAGGAAGGAUUCUGAGGACGAGCUCAGUAAGACUGUGCCACAUUCACCCCCCGUCACCCCCACGGGAAUGCCGUCCAGCCCCGGCAGCAUCAAGCAGGUUGGCUCCAUUCAGAGGAACCUGCGCAAGUCCAGCACCAGCAGCGACAGCUUCAAGGCCCUGCUCCUGAAGAAGGGGAGCAGGGUCGAGGCCGGAUCCCGCAUGUCAGCAGCCGAGAUGCUGAGGAGCACCGACCCCAGGCACCGGCCUCCCGAGUCACCGCCAGCGGACACGGCCCGGACGAACGGCUGGGGCCCGGCCGAGUGCCGCUCGCCGGGCCACCGGGCCAGGAACCCUCGCGAGGAGUGGGCCUCGCACGAGGGGCCAGUGCCCAGGGGAGCAGGGCAGGUGGGGGUCCGCCACGGGCGCUCACGGACACCACCCUCAGCCCCGAGCAGCCGGUACGGCGCGCGACACCUCCACUUGCACCGACUCCACAGCAGCCCAAUGACCGUCAUCCGCGAAGGGGAGGUCGAGAGCCCGGAGGUCACCGAGGGUCAUCGCGCCAGCGACGAGGGCCGGAGGCACAGCGAGGGAGACCUCGUCGGCUCUAACGGCCUGGCAGAGACCCAGGGGUCCAGGGCUGAUCACGUCUGCAGCCCCGUGGACUCGGGUCCCACCUCGUGGAACCUUCUGGACUCGCUAAAACGUGGGCCAGCGGACAUUCGCCCUGUCCAGUCUGCUUUGGCAGAAGAAGGCGCAAACCAGGACUGGGACUCAUGAGAGACCAAGCAAUAACAGAGAGAGACUGAUUUUAUUCCCCUGUGUUUUAAUUUUCGUUUUAACGUCACGUCAAGUGCAAAGAGCCCCAGGCUGUUGAGGAGAAACCUAAAUGCUGAAGGCUCUGGUCUUGCCUGGUCCAUCAGGCUGAGCUUUCCAAACGUGGGAGACUCACCCGUGCGCCAAAAUAGAGAGAGAGAGAGAGAUCUGCAUUUAAAUAGCACCUUUCACAACCUCGGGCAGCCCGCGGCGCUUUGAAGCACUUUUCCGAGGUGUUGUAAAGCAAGGGGCAAAGCGCUCCUUUGGAUUCGUGGGGGAAGGGUCACUGGCGGCAAAAGUUGCUACACAGCAAGAGGCCUUUUACGAGUUAGGUGGGCAGAAGUGGGAGAUAGGCUGUCAGGUGAAGUUGGGAGGAAGAUGGCUUUGGUAUUGGGACUUGAUCGAUGGGAAAGACAGAACGAAAUGGAAAGAGAGACAGAGAACAAUAAAGGAAAGAAUGAGGGAGAGGACAAUGAGGCCAAGGGAUUUUUGAAAGAUUUCUUUUCUGGCAGAAGUUUGUGUCCCUCUCAUUGGUUUAUCUGAGUGGAGCUGAGGGCGAGAGAGUUGCAUGGUUACUGCCCAGGUGGGUGAUGGGAGGGAGGUCCUGACUAAGGCAAUCAAAAGCAGCCCAACAUCUCAAGCUCUGACAUGGGACAACGUGAAUGAGAUUUGGAGCGUUCUACUGGUCACUAACCUCCGCCCUGAGGGAAAGGAGGAGAUACUAAAUAUUGGAAAAUGGAGGGUUAGGACUGGAGGGUCUGUGUGGUCCUUACAUGGCGAAUUAUCGGGUUCAAAUACAUUGGAGCAGCAGAAUAGGAGGGCAGGUCAUUUCUGUGGGUGAUAUCUAAGCUCAGUAAGUGAAGUAUUGUACUGUUAAUGAGUAGGUGUGUGUCACUCGACAGGGCUCAGAGGCGUUCACACUGGGAAGGGUCAGUGUUCUGUUAGCUGAGCCUGAAACAUUCGGGGCUGGUUUGAGUUCUCAAGAGGGAUGAGGUGGUGAGGCAGGGACUGGGUCCUGAGGAGCGGUGGGUUGAGAAGAAUCUCAGCUGCUGUUGCCACUUGUGAUGGGAUUUUGGCUGGGAAGCAUGAGGGGAUGCCACAGGGCUCCCUCUUGGGCAGAGAGUCUAUGCUGUGCCAAGCAGUUUGCCCCAGUGUUACCAAGGAGAGAUGAGUUGGCCACUUGCUGCGAGGGUGGAGGAGGGGGGGCAUCUCAGAAACGAGGAAGGAAAUUUCUGAAGAAGGGUCUAGGCCCGAAACGUCAGCCUUCCUGCUCCUCUGAUGCUGCUUGGCCUGCUGUGUUCAUCCAGCUCUACACCUUGUUAUCAAGGAAAUUGAAAUCUUGGCUGCUUUCCACACGUUCCUGAAUCCAUGCCAGUCCUCUCUUUUGCACCUACCCCCCACCCUCAAAUCCUGUUGCGACUGGUUUAGUAAAAUAGACCAGCAAGCUUCAUGACUGACUGAAGAAAGCCGUUCGCCCUUUUGCCUCGAUACUAACCCAAUCGUAGCCCAGUCCUGACUUUAGCAGACUGGUCACGGAGCCCCCAAAGGUGCUAGCCAAAGUCAGUCAAAGACCCCCAUAGGGGGACCCAGUCUGUUACCUCCAGCUGUUGCAGGGCAGGGGUCAAUGCCAAUGCUGGGUGUUCACUCAUCUGUAUUGUGGCUGGUUGAAUCUCUAACUGGAACAGAAGAAUAGAAACAGGCCACUUGGCCCAAUAAAUCCACACCGACCCUCCAAAGAGCAUCCCACCUAGACCCAUUCCCCCCACCCUUUCCCUGUAACCUUGCAUUUCCCACGGCUAACACACCGAACCUACACAUAGCUGGACGCUGUGGGCAAUUUAGCAUGGCCAAUCCACCUAGCCUGCCCAUGUUUGGACUGUGGGAGGAAACCGGAGCGCCUGGAGGAAACCCAUGCAGGCAUGGGGAGAACGUGCAAACUCCACACAGACAGUCGUCCGAGGGUGGAAUCAAACCCAGGUUCCUGGCACUGUGAGGCAGCAGUGCUAACCACUGUGCCACCAUGCCACCCAUAGACUCUACAUCAACAUAUGGAAGUUGGGUAAAUUGAAUCUGCCAACUGUUGUCACCAGGUGUGAGUCUGUCACAGAUGUACAGUUAAAAUACAGUAAAAGCAAGGGCUGGCAUAGACUCUGCCCACCCCUCGCUCAUUGGAGCUAAAAUCCUGGAUAAUUUAGCGGGAGUUAUAUCAAACAGGGGUGGGGGCUAUUAGAUGGGGGUGCGCUACGGUUGGUUUGGGUGGUCACCUCAGCAUGUGUAAGUGGAACAAAGAAGGCAAACUUCCUCACCUUUAACACAGUGUAUCGUAUAACUGGAGGGACGGGAGGGAGUUGCUGCAGGAUGGAGUUGUGAUGCUUCUCAAGUCGAACAGCUUAAGUACAAUGGAGAAGAGAGAUCAGUGAAGCUGGAAUAAUCACAUGUGCAUCAAUGAGAAGGAGAAAAUGUGAGGGAGAUAUGGAAGAGAGUGGGAGACAGUUAAUUGCUGAUCACAACAAUAUUACAGAUGUAUACAUGUGACUUGAAUAUUCUAAAUCCUGUAACACUUGCUCAUUUUGUUACCAAAGAGAUGGAACCUUACUGACAAUAAAAAGCUUCCCUACAGUAUUUUUUUGAGGAAACUUCAGAGACCUUUUCUUAAAAAAUAAACCAUUUUGUCUUGUUUUCACAUCCUGCUGCACAAAUAAAGCCUUACAUUUUAAACUAAGACAACGUACAUUCACUCAUGUUUGGUGGCAGCACCAGUUGGGACUUAUCAAAGGGAAGAGAUGUUUGUUACUUGCAUUGUGAUCUUUCGAUACUGUUUGUACAUGUACAGAGAUUGUAAAAUGCCCUCUUUUUUUGCGGGGUUGGGGGGAUUCUCUUUGUAAACACAAGUUUUGGAAAUGUGUACAUUUUAGUCUUUCUUGUUUUUACGUGGGAUGUUUGUAGAUUAUUUAUUUUAGUACAGAGAGCAGUGUGUGAAACUUUCUCGUCUCCUUCCGCUCGCUAAUGUGUCUGCUUUCACUGGGGCUGCAGGGAGGGGCACAGGCUCCUUUCUGUUCUAGUGGGGAUCUACUAGAAACACUGGGACUUUUACAGAACGCCUUUUGUUUGUAGCUGGAAGGAAGGUAGUGAUUGCUGUGUUUUCACACUUCAAAUAAAGCAAGAUUUUCAGCUCA